AUGAAGAAGGGAAGCGGCGGAAGGAUCACGAGUCUCACGCUUGAAAAGAAGGGGGGAUGGGAAGGAGGGAGGGAGAGGGAGGGGGUGGCUCGGAGAUGCGACGGGAAACGCUGCGGCUCCGGCAGCGGCGGGAUCCGGCGGGCUGACGGCGGGGGCCCGGCGAACUGGAGGGAGACAGAGUCGCGAGUCAGUCAGAGGCGGGCGGUGGCGGCGGCUCCUCUUCUCAUUGCGCCAGGAGCAGCUGCAGGCGGCGGCUGGAUCCAGCGGCCAUGGCGGCGGCUGUGGCGGAGGCAGCUCCCUUCAGACCCCAGGCAGCGGAUCCUCGACUGCUCCCCAUACGCCGGGGACAUGGGAACCCGGCAACCGCUUCCGUCCCUUGGGGCCCCCUCCCCCGUCCGCGGCACCAGCGCGGCCGCCCUCCCGCCCCUCGCCUCUGCUCGGUGCCCGCUCAGGAAGUGUCCGCGCUUUGCCCCCAGCCCGGAGCCCUGUCAGCGGCUGCGGGGCCGGCUCCUCCUCGCUUCCUUCCUUCCUUCCUUUGUCACUCGGCCCGGGCGGCGGCGGCGGUGGUGGCGGCGGCAGCACAAGCCUGCAUUCGCCCGGGUCGGGGGCUGCUCUGUGUGAGGAGCGCCGUCUGCGCAGCCGCCUAGC